CAUGGCCGAUGAAGAUCCUUUUGGGGAUGAAUUGUUCAAUGUUUUCGAUCAAAAAUCCUCUUCAGAUUCUAAAGAUGCAUCUAGUGACCAGCCGAGUGAUAAAGAGCAAGGCAAAGGUGGCCCUUGUAAAAAAUCAAAGGCCAGUGAGCUGCUGAAGAAACGGAGCACUGCUGCUGCGGCAGAUGUUGUGGAGUUAGAAGAUGCAUCUCCUCAAUCCAAAAAGAUUAAAGUGACAGUAGAGGAAGAUCUAAGUGCGUCAGAGGUCCUUCCCAGGAUUCAAGUCCAUACGGUUGAUACUGUAGAGAGUUGUACACAUGAGGUUGCUAUAUACCCUGGUGAUGAAUAUGUACCACUUGCACUGCCCUCAACAACACCUGCAAAGGAAUAUCCAUUCAUUCUAGAUCCAUUUCAAAAGGAAGCUUUGCUCUGCCUUGAGAACAACCAAUCUGUCCUUGUUUCGGCUCAUACUUCAGCAGGAAAAACAGUGGUUGCAGAGUAUGCAAUAGCAAUGUCAUUGAGGGACAAACAGAGGGUCAUCUAUACAACACCUAUAAAAGCUUUGAGCAACCAGAAGUACAGAGAACUGUUUGAAGAGUUUCAAGACGUGGGUCUCAUGACUGGUGAUGUUACGAUUAACCCAUCAGCGAGUUGUCUGGUUAUGACCACUGAGAUCUUGCGAAGUAUGUUGUACCGAGGUUCAGAGAUCAUGAAAGAGGUUGCCUGGGUUGUGUUUGAUGAGAUCCACUACAUGAGAGAUAAGGAGCGUGGUGUUGUCUGGGAAGAAACCAUCAUCCUCCUGCCUGAUAAUGUACACUAUGUGUUCCUCUCUGCUACCAUUCCAAAUGCCAGGCAGUUUGCUGAGUGGAUCUGCUACUUACAUAAACAUCCCUGCCAUGUUGUCUACACAGAAUACAGACCUACCCCACUGCAGCACUACAUUUACCCUGCUGGAGGAGAUGGCCUGCACCUUGUAGUGGAUGAAAAUGGUGAAUUCCGUGAAGACAACUUCAACACAGCCAUAGCCUGUCUGAGCCAAGCAGAGGAGGCUUCAAAAGGGGGUGCAAGAGGAGGACGCAAAGGAGGCCCUAAAGGGGAAUCAAGUUGUUUUAAAAUAGUCAAAAUGAUCAUGGAACGAAAUAUGGCACCAACGAUUGUGUUCAGCUUCAGUCGGAAGGAUUGUGAAGGAUACGCGUUACAGAUGUCGAAAUUGGAUUUGAAUUCAGAUGAAGAAAAAGUCUUAGUGUCGGAAGUCUUCAACAAUGCCAUGGAUGCUUUAUCAGAGGAAGACAAAAAACUACCCCAGGUUGAGCAUGUGUUACCACUUCUAAAGAAAGGCAUUGGCAUCCAUCAUUCCGGUUUACUACCAAUCCUAAAGGAAACCAUUGAGAUUCUCUUCGCUGAAGGCCUCAUCAAGGCACUGUUUGCCACUGAAACCUUUGCCAUGGGUUUGAACAUGCCCGCCAGGACAGUGCUGUUCACGACCGCAAGGAAGUUCGAUGGACGAGAAUUCAGAUGGAUUUCCUCUGGAGAGUACAUCCAGAUGAGUGGUCGUGCUGGUCGCCGUGGUAUUGACGAGCGAGGUAUCGUUGUCCUCAUGCUGGAUGAAAAGAUGAGUCCAGGAGCAGCAAAACAAGUCAUCAAGGGGCAACCAUCUUUCCUGAACAGUGCCUUCCACUUGACAUACAACAUGGUGCUCAAUCUGCUCAGAGUGGAGGAGAUCAACCCUGAAUACAUGUUAGAGAAGUCAUUCUACCAGUUCCAGAAUUAUGCAGCCAUUCCUGAACUAUUCGAGAAGGUAAAAAAGCUGGAGAAUGAUUACAACAGUGUGGUGAUACCUAAUGAAGAGCAAGUCAGUACUUACUACAAGAUUAGACAGCAGCUCGAUAACCUGGCUAAAGAACUGAUGGGGUAUCUCACCAAACCUCAGUAUGUGCUGCCUUUCCUGCAGCCAGGACGUUUGAUCAAGGUGGUGAAUGGAGAAGAUGACUUUGACUGGGGUAUUGUGGUAAACUUCCAGAAGAAAGCAACUCAGAGUAAGGCACCCAAUCCUAAUCCUAAUGAAACUGAGGCAGUCUACGUGGUGGAAUGUUUGCUCCACCUCACAAAGGAGAGCGCGAGGAACAGUAACACAGCAAACAUCAAACCAUGUCCACCAGGAGAGAAAGGAGAAAUGCAGGUUGUUCCCAUAAUGCUGAGCCUCAUCACCGCCAUCAGCACGAUUCGUGUGUACAUCCCUCAAGAUCUGCGGCCUCUUGACAACCGACAGAGUGUUCUAAAGGCAAUCCAGGAGGUGAAGAAAAGGUUUGAUGGUAUUCUUCCUGUACUUGAUCCCAUUGAGGACAUGAACAUCAAAGAGAGAGGUCUCAAGGAUAUUAUCAAAAAAACUGAAGCAUUUGAACACCGUAUGUAUUCUCAUACAUUGCAUAAAAACCCCAAGUUGGAUGAGCUGUACAGUCUCUACCAGAAGAAAAUGAAGGUUGGUCAAGAUAUCAAAGCCAGUAAGCAAGAUCUGAAGAAGAAACGAUCCCUGCUCCAUAUGGAUGAGCUCAAGUGUAUGAAACGGGUGCUACGUCGGCUAGGGUAUGCUACAGCCCAGGAUGUCAUUGAGUUGAAGGGCAGGGUGGCUUGUGAAAUCAGCAGUUGUGACGAGCUCCUUGCUACUGAGCUUCUCUUCAAUGGCGUCUUCAAUGAUAUCACUCCAGCCCAGUGCUGUUCCCUACUCAGCUGUUUUGUCUUUGGAGAAAAAGCUAAUGAGAUGCCCAAGUUAACGGAGGAGUUAUCUGGACCUCUCAGGAUUAUGCGGGACACGGCGAGGAGGAUAGCGCGGGUUAGCAAUGAAGCUAAGUUGGAGAAAGAUGAAGAGAGCUACCUGGAUUCCUUCAAACCUCAUAUGAUGGAUGUCAUCCAUGCUUGGUGUAAAGGAGCCACAUUCUUACAGCUGUGUAGAAUGACAGAUGUCUUUGAAGGUAGUAUCAUUCGUUGUAUGAGACGGUUGGAAGAGUCCCUGAGACAGAUGGUUCAGGCAGCAAAAGGCAUUGGCAACACAGAACUGGAGAAUAAAUUCUCGGAAGCAAUAACACUACUGAAGAAAGACAUUGCCUUUGCUGCGAGUUUGUAUUUGUAAUAACAGGAUAUUUCAAUUGGAUAUACUGGCAACUCCAUUUGGAUUUCCUUGCACACUGUAGACAACCUGGAUCAAUCAUGAUGAUACCGAAAGGGACAAAUAUGGGGCGUCUACAGGCACUCCUGGAACUCUACAUGUCAUGAUAUGUACACUCCCAUCCAUUACAGGCAAGUGCAGCCAACCUGGAAGGCCUGAUGGCUCCUGACUGGGGUUACAGUAACAGCACUGCACAAAGUUGUGACUUGUAUGUUAGGUGGUUUACAGUCUGGUGUGGUGUAAUUGAACAGACAUUAUUUUAUCUAGUUUGGUCGAAAAUUGUAACUGUUUUGUCUGUUCAUGUAUUUCAAAUAAAAGUAAGAAACAGA